CUUGUUAGGCACCUUUUUUGUUCGUUGAAGUGUUGUAUGUUGAGGGCUUGAAGUGCAGCAGCUGCACGCUAUCGAAGUGCACGAAGUGCAUGGCAAGCAAACCUUGAAAUUGAUUUGUCUCCCGUGCGGACUGAGCGGGCCGGCAGGGUGCCCCAGAUGAUUGCAGCGAUCGGCAGUGUUGACGUUGAUAUGACUUGGAAAGGUGUUUACCCAGGCAUGCAAGCACCACAUAGUUGUACCAGUCAACCAGCCCCAACAACUUUGAAGCUGUUGCUUCAAAAGUCUGGUGUUUUCAGUCACUGUCGGAAGAAUAUCCAAACCUUGAAGCAAUGCUCCCUGUCCUACCAUUGUUGUCUUUGUCUCAGCCAGAGACAAAAACAACAUCAGACCUCACAGGACAUUUGUACAGUACUAAGGAUGUGGCCCCAUCAGCGGCCACUAGACCCUUGAUGGAUGACUUCUGGCCAGUAAACCUCCUUCCUUUGCCUGUCUUUUCUUGGAAGGGCUUUGCUUGGAGCAGCUGCUGCAUAAGAAUGCGCUGUUUGUGCUUCGCUGCCACAAGACAAAGGCUAUAGCCUGUAACUGUGACUUUGUUUCUGAACAAUAAGCAACUUGGAACUCCAAUGUGGGGGUUAAUGUCUCACAUGCUGAACAUCAAUUUUCUGUUUUCCAUGGAAAAACAACAUGUUGUGGGCAAUGCCAUGUUUGUAAAGAAAAGUCUUACUUACGACUUACACCUCAGAACUUUGUUUUGGUGUCCAAGAAGGUUGAUAGAGCAGGCUUGGCCGAUUCCUGAAAUCCAGCCCGCUAGUUGCUAUCGUGGCAUGUGAGAAUGUGCAAGCAGUUCGCAGUGGGAAGCCCGUUGUGCAACAGACAGAGCCUUGACCUGUCCAAGAUCUGCCGAGAGCCGUGCAGUGAGCCGUUGUGAGUGGAAGGGCCGCAGCUGUUUCUUCAAGCUCUAGCAUCUUCUUUGUUUCUGAGCUGUCCUUCCUUAUCUACCUUCUUUGGUGAGAGUUGAUGUUUUUCAGCUCUCCCAAAACAAGUCUAGCUGAUUCUAGCUCUGUUUUUCAGUUUAAGAUUCUUCACCCAAUUCCUAUCCUUCAUUGCUGUGGCUUAUCAGUAAGUGAUCUUACUGGCAGCGGAGGCUUUGGGGUCCUGAAGAUUGCAGGAGGUUGAUGGAAUAGAUUGAUGAAUUGCUGCUGCAGUGUCCUCGAUCAGCUUGAUAAAACCAUUUUAGCAUUCCAUGGUAUAAAAACAUGACAGCAGAAGACGAGGUCCUUGUAAUGCCCAUCACCAAUGAAGUCACAGAAUCCAGUUUCUAACCUCUGCUAAAUCUACGUCUCACUCUCAGUGAGUUCUAAACACGGACGAACAACAAUGUCCUUGCUCAACACUCUUGAUGCAUGGCUAGGGGAAAGUGUGUGUGUGUGUGUGUCUUUGUAUGUACAGGGCACAUACAUAGACAACUUGGCAGCAGCCUGGUUCAAAAGACUUGGAUCAGCUGCGUUUUCAAUGAUUUUCUGCUUUGCUUUGUUGCGCUGGAGUCACAGGGGUUCAUAGUGUGAACUAAAUGAACACUUGUAAGCCCUUCACUCAUCCAGUGCACUAAAUUAGGCUUGUUUGAUUUAGGGUGAAGAGGCACCGCCGAUCGACCUGAGUCUCAAGGUGACCAUCCCAAUGUCUAUGAGAAGGUAUGGCUGACGCAAAUGACGUUGGCUUUAUCCACCAGUGUGUUUUGUGUGGCUCCUUCUCAGUUUGGGCUAUUGAUUCCUUGGACCCGAUAGAGGUGUCAAGAAAGGUGAGUGCACAAGGUUCCCACAAGACGUUGCAAAAGGACGUCCAUGCAGCCGAGCUUGAGCUGCUUGAGGAUAUCCAACGGCGAACCUGCAACGUUUCUGAGGAGGGCCAAGUGGGCUCAGCGAACCGCUUCACAUUUUUGCCCUGCAGUACGUGUAUAGAGAUCGUUGAGGGCAAGAUCUUUGCAGAGUGGCUAGGUGACAGGCAGAAUUGUGACAAGCCAACUCCACUCUCCCCGCAUAUGGCAGUAUAUUUUGAAGAUUCCAUGCCACCGGCAUAUAUUCGGAAGGCUGGAAAGUGGUGUCUUGCUCAAGGGGUCGGUCCGAAGGACCUAGAAGUCAAGCUGCCCUUCCAACUUCCAGCAGGACAAUUCAAAGCUUUGCUGCCGCCAAUAUCCCUUCCUUUGAGGCCACUGUGUUGGCCAAGGAAAGGUGAGUGCCGUGGUGACAACGCUGAUGAAGAACCUCGUGAAAAGUGGCUGGAACGGCAGCAUCUUCUCCAGGUUUUUUUCGUGCUUGCUACUGCCCCUACUCACGAGGCACCAUGUGACACUGUCGAGCACACAGCACGGCCACCUGUUGGUCAGGUGCUACCUUUCAUUUCUGACUUGUUGUUGACAGCUGAAGAGGAGUUUCGGCCAGUUUCACAAAAGCGAUCGAAAGGUGCAGCAAUUUGUGUGCCGCACCGUGGAUAUGUGAGAGUGCCACUGCUUGCAGUUGCAGAGGCUAUUUCUCCUUUGGUGGAAUCUCACUUGGCAUGCCAAAAAAAGUGGGCAGAACGCAGGUCAUUCUCGAGUGAGUAUGACAACACCCCCGUUGAAAAAGCCUCCGGAUCAAUAGUCAUGGAGCCGAAAUGCGACUCAAACCUGACAAGCUUUCAAUUUCGAAGCUGCCAACUCCUGUCUCGACAGGCUUUCGGAUUCUGGAAAGUGGAGAUCCUCCUCAAUGCGUUGUCGGCCAUGAAGGCUCCUGUAGACCUUGUUUGUGUCCGAUGUCCUGCAGAUGUGCGGCAUCGCGCGGGAUACUCUCCGAAGCACAACCGGAUUUGGAUGUGUGCCAACCGGUUUUGGAAUCCUUUCGAGUUCCGAAGAGUGCUCGUCCACGAACUGACGCAUGCCUUUGACUUUGCCCGUGCCAAAGUUGACACUGGAUCUUGCGUACAUAUAGCAUGCACCGAAAUUCGAGCUUGGAACUUGAGCGGGGAGUGUGACUUAUGGCGGAACUCCUUCAAGUACUUUGGCGAGGAGAUGAUCAAUCGAAAGCAGCGAUGUGUGCGGGAUGGCGCGGUUGCAUCACUGUUGGAGAACGAGCGCUGCCAGGAUACAUAUGUGGCGCACGCAGCCCUUGAGGAGGCAUGGCCUCAGUGCUGGAGGGACUAUUGGCCCUUUACAACAAAGCCGGACUUGGACACACGUUGGCGACAGUCUCCAAUGCUUCGAUAG